AUGUCUGGAAAUAGGUUGUACUUGGGCAAACUGCCUUACGACACCACCAAACGCGACUUGGAGAGGUUUUUUAAAGGCUACGGACGCAUAGAAGAUAUACUUCUUAAAAAUGGUUACGGUUUCAUUGAAUUCGAAAGUUCCCGUGACGCCGAGGACGCAGUUUACGAUUUGGACGGAAAGAAACUACUUGGUCAGAGAAUCUCAGUUGAGAAAGCAAGAGGUAAACCAAAAGGAGGAGACAGAUCGGUCGGUGUAUCCGGCGGCCGCGGCAUUCGUGGUCGUGGCAGGAAACCAAUUCGCACCAACUACAGAUUAUUGGUCGACAAUCUGUCUUCCAGAAUCAGCUGGCAGGACCUUAAGGACCACAUGAGAGAAGCCGGAGAAGUUACGUACGCCGACGCACACAGACCUUACGUGAACGAAGCCGAAGUCGAGUUUGCCACGUAUGAAGACAUGAAACGUGCCAUCAAAAUGUUCGAUGGUUACAAACUUAAUGGUCGUAAGAUUGAGUUAAGGGAGGAUCCGGAGACGAGACGCAAAAGAUCACCGUCCGAUCGUAGGUCAUAUUCUCGAUCCGUCUCUAGGUCUAGAUCUCGCUCUCAUGGUUCUAGAAGGAAUGGUUACAGAAGCAGGUCCCGCAGUUACCAGAAAUCCAAGAACGGAGGUAGAAACGGACGGAGGACGCCCAGUUAUUCUCGUUCAAGAACGCAGUCAGCCGAAAGGGACGGCUACGCAAGAUCGCGUUCUGUUUCUUCUCAAAAGAAGAGAGACAAUUCUCGUUCCAGAUCGCGUUCAGUACAAAAGAACGGUAAAUCAAGAUCCCGUUCUGUUUCUCUUCAAAAGAAGAGAGACAAUUCUCGAUCCAGAUCGCGUUCAGUACAAAAGAACGGCAAAUCAAGAUCCCGUUCUGUUUCUCUUCAAAAGAAGAGAGACAAUUCUCGUUCCAGAUCGCGUUCAGUACAAAAGAAUGGUAAAUUAAGAUCUCGCUCUUCUUCUCUUCAAAAGAAGACCGAUCGUACAGCACCAAGAUCUCGUUCAUCAUCAAUUAAAGAUGAGACAGCGAGAUCUCGUUCUAGAUCGAGAUCAGAUUUAAGAUCUGAAGAUAAGGGUGACAUUUCUACUUCUGAUAGGAGGAAUUCCCGUUCUAGAUCUAGAUCAGUUGAAAAGAAAUCACAAGGUGAAAGGCGCAGUGUAUCUCCAAAUAUCACAAAUGAACAGGACGAUUCAAUCGCGUGUAAGCGAUCCAGGAGUCGUUCCGGUUCAUCCAGAGAAUCGCUGAAGAGGUCUGCUUCCAGAUCUCCAUCUAGAAGCCCGAAAAGGUCCAAGAUUGAAGAAGAUAGAUCCCGAUCUAUGUCACAGGAUAAAAAUUAA